AUGGCUUGUCUAAAGACCCUCAAGCAGAAUAUCGACACUAUUGAGUCUGUGUUUUCAAAAACACAUGAAAGAUUUCAAACAUCCUCGGCGACCUUAGACGAGUUGAUAUUUAAAUUCAUCGAUGAAAAUGGUAAAAAGCACUUGAUAUACGGAAAUAUUACUGAGGCUUAUCCCACAAUUCCACCAGUGUGGUUUACAGAUUCUGAAAAACCUGAAGUGUUAGAAGUCGUGCAAAGCUUAAGCGAAACAUCAGGUUCCGAUAACUACAUUAUCAAUCAAGUCAUAAAGUUGAUUAGGCAAUUGUGUCGUCGUCAUUUUUUACCCGAGCCACCAGAAAUUGUUCAAUUGGAAUCACCCACUCCUUCAACGUCGAAUGCUAAUGUUGAUGAAGUAAUACCAUCACCAUCAGUCCAAGCUGAUGACCCUAAGGAGGAUGAUGAAGACAACGAUUUUGAGGAACACGAUGAUGAUAUUGCAUUGGAAGAGAUUGACGUUAAGAAAAGAAAGUCUGAUGAGUUUAGUCUGCCGAAUAUGGAUGCACAAAGUAUAAAAAGAAUUAAAGAGGCUAGUAAUGUCGUUGGAAGCAUCCAAGCCAACGAUCGUUUGUUGAAAGAGCUGUCUAUUGUUUAUAAAAGCGAUUAUUAUAAAAAAGGAAUGUUCACCGUUAAUUUGAUUGAUGACUGUCUUUAUGAAUGGGAAGUAAGAAUAAAAGAAGUGGAUAGUGACUCAGAACUAAUGAAAGAUAUAGAGCUACUCAAGAUUGUAGAGAAGAAAGACAGUAUUCUUCUUCGAAUGACCUUCUCAGCAAAUUUUCCAUACGAACCGCCAUUUGUAAGAGUGGUACACCCUGUAAUGAUAGGUGGAUUUGUAACACAGGGUGGCUCUCUUUGCUUGGAAUUGCUGACUCGGCAAGGCUGGAGUUCUGCGUACAGUAUUGAAUCUUUGAUUAUACAGAUAAUAUCGAGUUUAGUGAAAGGUAACGGCCGGAUACGCCGAUUUGCCAUGUCUGAUUCGCCUACAGUAAGUUCAGAGAGUGUGUACACUCUUGCUAAUGCUCAAAGAUCGUUCCAGAAAGUCAUAGAAGUGCACACGACCCGUGGAUGGCACACUCCACCAAAACAAGAUGGUUGA